GGAUGAAGUGGAGCCUGAUCCUACUAUGACAAAAAUACUGAUAGGUGCAAUACUAGGGGGCAUUGCUUUUAUCAUCACAUUCCUUCUCCUUAUAUGGGUGUGUAUCAGACGCAAGCGUGGAAAUUUUCUACCCCCAGAGGAAUCGAACCCAGAUGAUGUCACAGAUCAAGACUCCCUGGAUGAUCAUUUGGACUUAGAACCAGCAGCACCAGUGACCAGCACACCAGUGCACCAUGGAGACAGACCAAACUUUCAGGUUGAUGGUCUCCAUAAAGAAAUAGCUGAGGUAAAUGGAAACCAUGGUGACAUGAACAGCAAUGGUUUUGAAAAUCUCAAUCACACAGGACCUAAUCCAUCCAGGCCUAACAAUAUUGGACAAAUCCACACAAGGCCUCAUCAUACUGGGCCUCACCAGACAGGGCCUGGAAGUCCAAGAGGUUUAACUAAGACAUCAAACCUUAUGCUAUUGACUGUUGUCACGGUGAUUGCUAUGGUGUAUGCUAGUUGUGAAGGACCCCAAGUUGAUAUAAGCAUAGAGAUUCCACUUGAUAUGCAUAUAGAUAGCUUCAAGGUGUUCUUCCAUCAUGAGAGAGGGGGCUCACUUGAUGUGAAUGCCUGGUCUCAGAAAGAUACAACUAAUGUGCACAUAUUUGAUGUCCCCAGUGCUCAAAUGAUUGCCAAUGAACCAUGUUUUGAGGACAUAUUGUGCCCAAGGGCUGCCUCACAGAAUCUAGCAGGAUGUGACCCGAUGGUCAGAAGCUGUAUAUGUGAUAGGGGCUUUGACCAAGUAGGGGACCUUUGUAUGGAUAAGGAUGAGUGUGGGGAGGGCCUGUUUAUGUGUGAUCCACUAGCAACAUGUAAGAACACUAUAGGCUCCUAUAUGUGUGUAUGUGAGCCAGGAUUCUACAGUGUAGGAGCUACCUGUCAGCCAUGUGGGGGUCUAUGUGAGGAGGGCUUUUAUGAGUCGUCUGUCUGCAACUCCACACAUGACCGGGUCUGCACAGCAUGUUCAAAGUGCACUGGAAUGACUUACCAAGCACAAGUUUGCUCAACCAGUCAAGACACUCUAUGUAUUCAUGUGUCUCAGCCACUUGAGGGUGAUGGAGCCGACUACCCCUACACUGCCAUCAAAGGUUCCAGAGGCCUCUCUCUAAGUGGCUCUUCCAACACAUUCAUGGAAGACCUCCAUGUAGAAGAACAACUAACCCAUACUUCAUACCUCACAGACAAUGGUCAAUCAACAGAUUCCUUUUGGUUGAGACAGUCAAGGUUGCGUAUUAAUUUUGGUGUUGAGAAGUCUAACCUUGUGCCAGAGUAUGGGGGAGUGGAGCACCAGUCUGACAAUCUCUUCAUGAUGAAGAGUCCUAAAGGAGGCAUUGAUAAGAGGCAGUUUCAGAAUAUCAUUGACAGAUAUUGCAAACAUCCUAUCCCAGACUACUACAGUGUUACCAUGGAGAUAUAUCGUGACCGCACAACUGCCACUGAACCUAUUGUAUGUAACAGCCGCAACCCAAAGAAAAUCAAAUGUCCCGAGGGCUACAACAAUGGUGACAUCUUUUAUCACAGAACUCUCAAUGACCCGUGCAAAAAAAUGGCUACAUUUCCUGAGAAGCUCGUGUCUGUGGCCAAUAGCAUGGUGUGUAGUGAUGCCACAGAUCUACUUACAAAGCUCUUCAAUGGCACUGUCACAAAGGAUUUUCCCGUUCCUUUCUUAACAGAGAAAUGUAGCAGGGCCAUCUCAAGUUGUAAUAAGUGUUUGAAGCAGCACAACUGUGAAUUAGCUGAUAUCUUUGAUCGGCAGUGUUGUGCAGUACGAUGUUACACUGGGAAUGGCAAAAACUGUAAACAAGCUGUACGGCCAGAAUGCAGUAACCUACCAACAGAGUGUGCCAUGGGUGAUGCGUAUCUCUAUACUCUUCAACCAGUAUUUGAGAAUAUACGUCAGGAGUUCCAGUGUCACAAACGCUAUGUACCACCUGACUCACUAUUCCAAGUGUGGUAUUCCAUUAGUCUUCCAAAUGGUAUUACCUUCUACCCUGGAACUAGACGCCAACCAAUACAUUCUCCCAACCUCAAGUUCCACAAUGAAGGAACCUCAUAUGUUGACUUUCUUGAGAUUCAUCACAAAACCAAGCUGAACUUUGAGGAGGACAUUAUACUGCUUGGCCAGUUCCAGAAGGAUGAUACCGCAGAUAUAGGAUCCCAACAUGUUGACUACUCAGCAUUCCCAUUGAAGAAGCCAGAGGAAUUUACUAAGAAACCCGUGGAAGUGUUCCAUGUGAAUAAUAAUGUGCUGGUGACAUCUAUUCAGGUUGAGAAACCAUUUGAGAUCAGCACAUCUAGUUGGCUGUCCUCCUCAGGAUGUGAGCGAAACACGUCACGAUUCCAUGAGAAACAACCAAUGUAUAACAAACAGAAAAGACGGGAGAUACGUAAUCCUUAUGAAGAUGAUGAUGAUGCUACAGAAAGUGAAAAGGUCAUGAGCAACGAUGACUUCACAUUCCAGCUACGUGCCAAGGAUAAGGAUAAGGAUAAGUGGCGCCCAGAGAUUUCGUUUAAUAUACCUGAGAAUGCUUCAGUCUUGUGGCACUACUUUAAAAACAAGCCAGGCCCCUGGUUGUUCACUGAUGAUCAAUUGCACUCUGACUUGGCCAGGGAUGAGGAGAAGGGUGUAUGGAAGAUCACCAUUGAAGGUGAAAUGUCUGGUUGCCCUGGCUACCUAGGAGUUGUUGUCAAUGAUGGUAAUUACAUCAUUGAAUUACUCAAGUAUGAUGUUAUUAUUGAUUGCCCAGCAGACUUUACACUUCACAUCACAGUACCAUUUACUCCUAUUCGCAUGGAUAAACUGUUUGAGAUUCAAUUAACAGACCCUGUGAAGACAUACAGUAUAUUUCUGACAUCUGUACACUUCCGUGAUGGCCAUGUAUAUCCUGGAAUCUCUAUUGACACCAAAGAGGAAGUGAAUGUUCGACCACCUUGGAGCGCUGCAAUCAUGAUUACUAUAGCAACAUCAUUUGUUUUAGUGACUCUCCUAGUGAUAUAUCUAUGUAUUCAAUGUGCAGUGGCCAAUCAGCAAUCGAAGCCUUUGUUUGAAUUCCGUGCAGCCAAUGAGAAUGAAGAGAAAGAUGAGGUUGAUUUCAGUGAAUCUGGAACAAAAAGAAAUAAAAAACGAGCCACAAUUAUUACUUUGUACGUUUUCAUCCAAAUUCUUUACUCGUUCCUAUUUACGUUCACAGCCCUGAGUGCAAUCCUACUGCUAACAGUGCGAACCGACAAACAUAGUCUUGAGCAACUUCAGAAGAAGCAGUUUAAUAACCAUGAGAAAAGUCGUAAAAUUGCAACAGAGAUUAACCUCUACAAAGGAAAUGAAAUUGAUCGUCAAGAAAUGCUUGCGCAUAAUAUGUUCACUGGAUGUAACAACUAUGUGCAGAAUCUAACUGAACAUAUCAAUGUCGCAAUGAAGAACUUCAUCAGUGAGAAUCACCAGCUAUUAUCCAAUGAUUCAAAAUCUGUGUCUGCAUACAUGGAGAAACUUAUCAACUUUGGCUUGAAAAAAUAUGAUAUGGACUUAGCUGACUAUAUGACAGGGUAUAAUAAAAGUAUUAUUGAGAAUUUUGACCCUGUUUUUAUAGCAUUCCGUGCUUUCAUGGAAAAAAUAUAUAAAACAUCUUGGUUGGAUUUUCCAAGGCGAUAUUAUAAUAUUACAAAAACAACAUGGCGAGUAUUCAAUGAUGAUGCCAUCUGGUGGUACAAUUAUACUGACUGGAUGGAAUUUCUUGAUGAAGGUAUAGCUGAGGAUAUUAUGAAUCACCAGACUGAGUUCAAUCUAAGGUUCCAGCAGGAUUACCCCACAGUUAACACAAUAUCUAACCCUAGUCUUAAAUCCAGCAUAGAGUUCUUUGAUGCACAAUCUGUUGACAUGGAAACACUGGACACACAUCGUUUCUAUGGCAACCAACUACUGCAUCCAAGUGUAGACUUUGAGUCAUUCCAGGGGGAUGAAGAUGGAACAGAUGAGGAAUAUUCACCAGAAGAUACGCCAUUACAAGCUUCCAAUGAUUUCAUGCAACUCGAUAAUUUCUUCCAUUUCAAUUUAGAUUUAACGUAUAUCCAGUAUGUGUUCCUGGUAUUAGAUGUUCUUCUAUUGGUCUACAGAUUUUCACGGAUGUAUAAAUAUGUGCACCAGAUGCAACAUGGGAUACCAGAGAAGGUGAAGGUCACUCCGAGUGAAGGUCGGAUUACAAUUACUGAAAACAAACUCCAUAAACCACAUGAUGACACAACUCUAUCAGAUAUAGGUGUAGAGGAUAGUACAAUGGAUAGUAAGCGGAGCAUGCUCAUAAAUAAUACCCAGAAUCCUCAUUCAGUUGCAAGGGGCAACAGGGGAUCACACAACCAGGAACAACAUUACAAGAACCAGACAACAGGUUGCACUUUAUAUAAAAAUAAAUCCCUAUUUGGGAUUGUAAAAAGGAUAUUGCAAUCCGAUGCAUUGCCAAAAUUUGCAUUGCUGUGCAUUGCAGGAUUAUGUAUUUAUUUGGUAGUUGUAGCAACAGAUUAUGUUGUAACCAUGACAAUGAUUGGUAGUUAUGGAAUAACAGAUGCUUAUACUGCUGAUCUAAAGAUUGCCCUCAAUGCAACAAACUCAUAUAUUGCACAAUAUGCAAAUUAUUUAAACACUGUUGCCAUGGAGACAUUUACAUACAACAUGUUCCAGGAGUUGUAUACAUUAAAUAGGGUCAUGCUUCAGUUUAAUCAUUUCCAGCGUUUAGAUUUUCAAAAGUAUAUUGUGGAGACUUGCUCCAUCAGCAGCAAAAUCAAUCCUGGCCAGUCAUGUGACCUAUCACCAGCCAAUAAGAGACUAGAGCUUACUCUGUUGCCAUGCAACUUCAUGCCAAUCACACCACACUUUUUUACAGGGUUCAAUCAUAUAGAACAUAGCAAUGAAUUAAAGAGUGAUUUCCAACCCUGUGUGGAUGCUGCAAGGACCAUAGUGUUUAAGACAGCCUGUCUCUUCCUAGUAGUGCUAUGUUGUGUCAUCAUAUUCCAUCUUGUGGGGACUGUCACAUUCUACUUUCUAAAACUUAAGCAGCAUAUUAAUGUAAAGAUGGUCUACCACUGUGAGAAUCUCACUGAGGGUCGCCAUGACAACAGUGCAGAUGAAUAUGGACUCAAUGUUGAGUUACGGAGCCGAUUAGAAGCACGGCGGGAAAAAAUGACGCCAGAACGAGGAGAAUUGGAGGACAAUUCCAAAAACUCUGAUUUAGAUGUGUCUAGAUGCUCUCAAUUUUCUGAGACCAAAGUAUAGGGAGUUUCUCCUUUGUAACUAGAGAGGUUUUGCAUGAGGUAAAUUGUAUAAGUGGAUCUACAUUAUCAAUUGGUAUUUUGUGUACUUAAUUUGGAUGUUAUUCUCAGUGUUUAAUUACAACUCUCACUACAUACGUGCCAUACAGUUAUAUGAUUUGAAUGAACUUGAUUUAUAUGGUGCAAUAAACCAUUCUUCUACAAGUGUAUGGAAACAAAUAAUUGAUUUGAAUGAUAAAAGUAUAGAUAAGUGAAUGACCAACAUAAAAAACUAAUUUUCCAUGAUUGCCAUAAAGCUGCGAAUUCAUUGUACUGGCUGCACAUAAUAAUGUCUUACUGUACAUUAAUUACAUUACAUACAUACAUCUGGUCUAUGCAUUAUUAAUGUUGGCCAAAAAUGACGUUUGGAAUCUCUCUAUAUAAUUGAUCCAUAAAUUGAACCUAGUUAUACUAUUUAAUGGCUUUGUUUAAUGUGUAACUAUAUUGUAGACCUCUUACAUUGUAAGUAUUGUACAUGUAACACAAUGUGAUGUAAUACAAUGUGCAAGACAAUAUUCAGAUUGGUGCAUUGUGGAUUUAUUUAGUUUCUGGUAUGUGCAUGAUUGCAAUUAUGUUUUUGCUAAACUAAGGCAGAUUUGGAGCUGUAAUGUCUUAAUUAUUUAGUUUAUUUUCUUUUGUCUAUUAUCAUGUCAAUGGGCACACAUGGGUGUGCAGUAUUUGAAAGUUCUCACUUACAUUACAAAUGUUUCAUAAAUCAGAGUCAUGAUAACAGAAAAUGGUUAAUAUACUGGUACUUUGUUGCCACCUUAACACCUUUGUAACGUCUUUAAAGAUCCUCUGUAUAUGUAUUUGAAAGCAAUCUAACCUGAACUUCUCCAUUGUGAGUGUCAUAAGACUGUUACAGAGUGUUUCAUGUCAUACAGACCCUUUC